ACGCAGCCAUCCUACUCCGCCUCAACAACCCUUUCCAAGCAAGCACCUGUUUACGCAAGUCUUGCUCUCAUAGACGACGAAAGUGUCGCAGUUUACCUUCUCACAACCUCUUACGUCCAGCUUCAACAUCAUGUCUGUUGCGCCUACUGAUCUUUGCCCCGUCUACGCACCCUUCUUCGGUGCUAUGGGCUGCACGGCUGCUAUCGUCUUCAGCUGCUUCGGUGCUGCCUACGGUACCGCCAAGUCUGGUGUCGGUAUCUCCGCCAUGGGUGUCCUCCGCCCCGACUUGGUCAUGAAGUCCAUUGUCCCCGUCGUCAUGGCUGGUAUCAUUGCCAUCUACGGUCUCGUCGUGUCUGUCCUCGUCUCCGACGGUUUGAAGCAGCAACAGGCUCUCUACACUGGUUUCAUUCAGCUCGGUGCCGGUCUCUCUGUCGGUCUUGCUGGUCUUGCCGCUGGUUUCGCAAUUGGUAUCGUUGGUGAUGCUGGUGUUCGGGGUACUGCUCAGCAGCCCAGGUUGUUUGUCGGUAUGAUUUUGAUUCUCAUUUUCGCUGAAGUUUUGGGUCUGUACGGUCUCAUUGUUGCCCUGUUGUUGAACACGAAGGCGACCAACGACGUUGUGUGCUGA